GGGUGACGAGGGAGUCCCGGAACGGGAGGACGUGCCUAAGGUUUAUCCAGGCACUGGGGAGAGGUUGGAGGACUGGCGGAGGCGAGCAGGCAAGGGAGCUGCAAAGGAGGGGUCUUCCAAGAGGAAGGAAGGAGGGAGUGAUUCGGCUGCCACCCCAGCAGGGAAGAGGCUUCGGCUGCAGAAGGUGACUGAUGUCUACGGUGGCGAGUGGGUUUGCCCGCCACAAGAAGGCAUUCCUUCGCUGGUUGUAUUCCAGCGGGGUCUCCUUCAAUACCUUCCGCAACCACGUGUGGACGGCAUAUCAGCAGGUGCUUCUUGAGCAGCCUUGCAGUUCCCCGCGCGCAGUGCUGCCCAACCACUGCGAGAUUGCGAGUAUGAGGGCGGUGGAGACCCACCGUGCGGAGUUGGCGGAGGAGUUGGAGGAGGUGAGGCAGCCAUUCUGGGUGACUUGUGCCACCCUCCUCUCCGAUGGGAGGAAAUCACGAGACUGGAGACCGAUCGUGAAUUUCCUUGCUGCUGGCUCUCGAGGGGUCGUCGUGUACACGACGAUCAAUCGAGAGGGCGAGCCAAGCGAUGCAGUGCACGUCCUUCAUAGAUGGGUUACCAUCUUCCACGAGUUCAGCUUUGGCGGGCCGCAGCGGAUCAAUGCGAUAUGCACUGACUCCGCUUCUGCCUAUGUGGGGGCUGCGAGGGCAUUGAUGUCGCCGUCCAUGCCUCCUGCACUGAGGAGGAUCACUUGUCUCCCGUGCUCCGUCCAUGUCUGCAACAAAUUGUUGUCAGACAUGGGGACGAGUUGCGACGCGUUUGUUGACGCGAUCACACGCGCUCGUGUGCUGGUGGUGUUUUUCAAAACCCACCAGGCCGCCCUUCAUUUUUUUAGGACGCGCAGCCCCGAGAAGGGGCUUAUUCUUUCUUGCGAGACGCGGUUCGCGUCUGUUUACUCCAUGCUGGAGAGGCUGUUGGCCCUGCAGGACACUUUGCAGGACAUGAUGCGAGGGGACGACGCGCGGGCUUUUGCUUCCAUCCCGUGGUCCGCCGAUGUGUGCGUCAUGGCGCGGUGGGUGCGCCGACAGAUCAGAUGGGAUCCAUGGUGGCAGAGGGUGGCCACCAUCGUCCAUAUCAUGCAGCCCGUCAUGGAGUUGCUUAGGAGGAUGGAUCGUGGAGGACAGUACAUGUCCCUCAUGAUCGAGUGGACGCAGGAUCUUGUCCGCCGUGUCACGGUCGCAUGCGCCCCUUUGGGGACGUCGUUCGCCGACCGGAUCAUCAGGCGUGUGCAGGCUCGCAUACAGCACAUGCUUGAGCCGGCCCACUGCGCAGGGUUCUUACUGAACCCCCGCAGGCGACACGUUCGCUACUCUUCGGGGCAGGUGGAGAGGUACGAUGCUUGGCUUGUGGGGCAAGCCAAGAGGUACAUUUUGACGCACACGGGAUUCAAGCUGGAGGGUGCGGAGUACAUCCUUGCACGUCGGCAGUUUGAGGACUUCCACAUUCAGCAGGGCAGGUUCGGGGAUUGGGGCGGUCAAAGGGGCGUGCUCGUGGGCGCGCGUGCAGUGGCGAUAGCGAGACGAUUGAGUGCGCGUCUUGGUGGUCUCAGUUCGGCGGAGAGAAACUGGGCAGUCCACGAGGGCAUUCACACGAAGAAGCGCAACCAGUUGGCCUUCGAGAAGGUCGUGCAACUCGUUGAGAUCACCGCAAAUGUGCGGUUGACUGAGUAUCGGCGGGCUGCAUGCGGUUAUGUGCUGCCAUGGCAGCGGGACGAGGGCAUGUUGGUCUGCCAGGCAGGACUCCAGUUGGAGCCUGUGCGCACGGGAACUCGCAGGGGGAUGACGGACGAGGAGAUUGCCCGUCAGGUUGCACUUAUUACCCGGGAUCCCAUCGGGGCGUCCGCACCACCCUCGGCUGAUGCCGUUUUCGAUAGACGUGCUUGCAUUGUUCGUCCCUACCCCAGGGACGACGACUCAGACGAGGAGCCGAUACCUGAGGCGGCAAAUGACCCUGCGCUCCGCAUUCCCCGGGAGAUCGACGAGACGCACGAGGAUCCCGGCUCCGAGGACACGAGGACACAGACUGCACGACGGGCGGCGGACCGGGCGGAGAGCGAGAUGCUAGGGGGAGACGAGGACUUUUGGGGCCCAUUCGGUGAGGUCGCUUCCACGGGCGGCCCAGAGGCGCAGGCGACGACCCCCACUUCGACGAGGCGGGAUUCGUCCAUGCCGCCCCCUCCUGCUCCGAGUCCUGCACCACGAUCGCCCGUCCCGCCACUUUAGUUACGAUCACCUUCCCCGAGGAUAAGGCAGGAGGAGGGGGUACAUUCGGCAGCAGCAGUGGAGAGUUCAAUGGCACCAGCGGCUAUGUCGGACGCGACGAUCGCGGCCGCAGGGGAGGAGAUAGCAACAGCAGCAGCAGCAGCAGUGCUAGAGGAGAUGGCAGCAUCAGUGCUGGCGGAGGAUCCUCCAACGGCAGGAGGAGGUGCAGCAGUGGAGGGCUACAGUCCGGUCGAGGGACUGUCCCGCAGAUUCUCAUCGUUGGCUGUGAUUUCGAAUUCCGAUGUGCACGUGGUUGGGCGCCUUCUGCAGGCGCCCACUUCGGCAGCCUCGCCAUCUCCUCAGGAGGUAUCACCGCUCUUGAUCGACAACUCGGUACGGUUCGUUGCUUCACAUCCAUCCCCGACACAGGAUUGUCAGUCUGUAAUCGCGAACCUGGUGGUUUCGCCUCAGAAAUGGCUGUACUAUGUCCUCGAGCAGACCUGCUCAAACAGCAGCUCAAACAGCAGCUCAAACAGCAGCUCAAACAGCAGCUCAAACAGCAGCGUUACGUCGAUCAGAAAGGCCAAUUUGUCGAGAGCGCACCUGCGAUUGAACUCGGCAGACGACGAAUCAACAUUAUUAACGUACUUGUGGUCUUACGACCAGCGGAAUGGGUCGAGAAUUGCAGAGCGCCCGAAUUCGACGGCUUCCGUGAUGGGGAUGGCCCUUUCGAAAGAUGGUUCCCAUCUCAUCUUGAGCGUAACCUACCCUUUCUCCGAUUCUAAUUCUGCUAUGUCCUUCCGCAAUGGCAGCAUCACGUCCUUGUCUGUUUCUGACUCCUCCCGUCUUUCUUCCUCCUCGCUUUCCUUUCAGGAUAUUACCAAAAUCGGUUUGGACCCUUCCGGAGAGCGUCUGGUUUAUGGUACGGACGGUCGCGGGGGACUCCAAUAUAUUCAGGUCGAUGGCUCGGGACUUCCGUUCGAUGUACCGAACCUGGCUUGGGAUACUGCGCGUAGGUACAUAGAUCAAAAUCACGUUGAUGACGCCAUAUUCCAAUCUCAAAGCUUUGUGAACAGUAACAACAGUUGCCUUUAUUUUUCGCAGACAGAUGCGAAGCAGCUGCUCGGGUUUCACCAGAAUAUCGUGGGAACCGGACCCGCAGUGCUAUGGACCUUCCCAAUUAAAACGGAACGUACGGAUGAUUUUGUCGUCACUCGAGACGGGUGUCAUCUCUUUUUUACCCUAGGGUUUCGUCUAUAUAGUGCGGACGUCCGCACACGAUGCUCUCAGGUAGGAAGUGGGAUGUAUGAGAUGGGGUACCGACGGGGAAGACUUACGGGACUGGCAUUGAUGGAGAAUGAAGUGGGGGAGGACGCAUACUUAUACAUGGGCUCUGAGGACGGGAACCUUUUUGAAGUGCAGUUGAACAGGUCCGGCAGAGGCUGUGUAUUAGAAGCGGAACAAAUCAAUUCCCCUGUUCCCGCUCCAGCUGGAUCUGGCAUCACUGUUCUGGUAACAACUGUGGUGGCUGUCACAGUGGUCGCCAUGGUAAUCAUUGCCAGCUUGAUUUGCCUAUGGAGGAGAGCGCGCCGCCGACCAGCUGGUCCGGAACGUGCCCUGGAAGUCGGUGAGCAAGCAAAGUCAUCUUCACCGGAAGAUGAGGCGUUGGACGUGUGGGGAAUUAAGCCGUCGCGGGUCAAGCAGUUCGCUUUCAGAGUCCUGUCGGAAUGUACGGACAGAUUCAGCGAGGGUCGAAGAAUUGGGGAGAAGGGAGCGUUUGGGAAGGUUUGCAGAGGCUCGCUCGACGGCGAGGAGGUCGCGAUGAAGGUGAUGACGGGUGAGCUAACGGACACCAAACGGAGCCAGUUUGUCGCCGAAGUGAACACCCUCAGCGGGCUCAAUCAUGCGAACCUCGUACGACUAAGUCGGGUUGCGAAGGGGCUUGGCUACCUUCACGACGCCGCCAGGCCCCCCAUUAUCCAUCGGGACGUCAAGAGCAGCAACAUUCUGCUCGGCGAGGGAUCUGGAGAGAAGCUUCACGUCGUCGUAGCGGAUUUCAGAAUAGCAGCCAUCGGGGAGAGAGUAUUGGGCACAGGGCAUGACCACGUCGUGCUGACCUCUCACAUUGGGGGCACUUUCGGGUAUAUGUCGCCCGAGUACAUGCUGAGAGGAGAGCUGUCCGAAAAGAACGAUGUGUACUCUUACGGGGUAGUCAUUCUGGAGCUGUUGACGGGCAGGAAGGUGGUCGCGCCGGCUCCUUCCGGGCUGGGAUGGCAGACGCUCGUCGAGUGGGUAAAGCCUUUCCUUCGAGGGGCAGUCGUCCAGAGCGAGAGUAUGGAGAUGCCGUACCUGAUACUUGAUCCGUGCUUGUGGGAUUUGGUGGCUGGAGAUUCGAUGACGAAGAAUAUGGUGAUGAACACAUUCCGACUGGCUUGGGAAUGCGUCCAAGAGGAGUAUGGGUCCAGACCAGCCAUGAGAGAAAUCAUUCAGCGCAUGCACAAUAUGUUCCUGGACGUGGGUUGGGAUGGCCUGACGGGGCCUUGUGUGACUGCAAUAGAGUAGCAGAUUUUGUGAUUUCGCGAAAAAGACCCCUAGUGUGCGGAUGCCCUAACUCUAGACGACCCAACUUUAGAAAUACACCACAAUAACUUUUCUUGCAGUAGAGUCACAAAAAAGAGAUAUAAUGGCACUAUGGGGCAAGAUAAAGUUUGCAAUUGUGC